AAGGGGAAAACUGGUACAAAUAAUACGGAUUGGUCACAUAUGUUUAGUUAGAAGGUAUUGCAUGUGACUCUUUUCUGUCUUCUGACGGUAGAACCAACUUUACCAAGAAUGAUCUUUAUAACACAAGUGAAACUUAAUUUUCCUCUAUCCCAGCAGAUUCCAACCUAAAUGAUAAAUUCAGCGAGAAAACGCUCACUUUCUUUCUUGAUUCUCACUGUUUCUCUUCUCCACUGUAGAUGUGGAUGGAGUCCAGUCUCCAGAUAACCACUGCGGGAGCGGCAAGUCCGUCAGCGGUCAUAAUGAGCGGCUCUUUGUGCGUCACGGUGCGCUCCGGACUCUCCUCCCUGCCUGUCAGAUGUUCAGAUGCUCAGCAUGUGAUGCUCCGUCCGUCCUCAGAGUCCUGAAAGCGCUCAGCCUGGACCACAACCACACACGCAAGCUGCUCGGUGGAAAUGCUCAUUCACCUCUUCUUAUAUUAUCGGACAACCGCGUUUAUUUUAAACGGAGGACAUCGCUGCAAAAGACACACGAACUGAAGCCAAGGACUGGAGUCCAGCUGUCACCCCUCAGGAUCUUCCUUACAGCUACAUCUCUUCAUCUCUCCCAACUCCUCUUCUGUCAGUAAUUUCUCUCCUCCUUUUAGUCUCUGCCCCUCUCUCUCCUUUGUUUAUUUCUCUUUCUCCAUCCCCACCCCCCCUUCCCGGACCCCCCAUGCCUAAGAACAGCAAGGUGAUACAGCGCGAGCAGAGCCAUGAGCACGUCACAGAGUCAGUGGCCGACCUGCUCGCCCAUGAGGAGCCUCUCGAUUACAAGAGCAGCUCGCUGAACGUAGGAGCGGCUGCUGGGAAGAAGGUCCCUCAGAUAGAAGUGCCCGAGAAUGAUGGGCGUCCUGCGUGGAACAGCAAACUGCAGUACAUCCUGGCCCAGGUGGGCUUCUCUGUGGGCCUGGGAAACGUGUGGCGCUUCCCGUAUCUUUGCCAAAAGAAUGGAGGAGGUGCAUAUUUGGUUCCUUAUUUCAUCCUCCUCAUCAUCAUCGGCAUCCCGCUCUUCUUCUUGGAGCUGGCUGUGGGUCAGAAGAUCAGACGUGGCAGCAUCGGAGUGUGGAACUACGUCUGUCCCCGUCUUGGUGGGAUAGGCAUGUCAAGUCUGAUGGUAUGUGGCUUUGUGGGUCUCUACUACAACGUCAUCAUUGGUUGGAGCAUCUUCUACUUUUUCCAGUCCUUCCAGUACCCUCUGCCAUGGAGUGACUGUCCCAUUAGAAAGAAUGGAACAAUUGCCAUUGUUGAGCCAGAGUGUGACAAAAGCUCAGCCACAACGUAUUUCUGGUACCGGCAAACUCUGAACACGACCAGCACCAUUGCAGAGAGUGGUGGCCUCAACAUCAAAAUGACCUUAUCUCUGCUUGUGGCCUGGAUAAUUGUCUGCCUUGCCGUCAUUAAAGGAAUCGCCUCCUCUGGGAAGGUGAUGUACUUCAGCUCCCUUUUCCCUUACGUGGUCCUCUUCUGCUUCCUGGUCAGGGGUUUAAUGCUGAAAGGAUCAGUAGAUGGGAUAGCUCAUAUGUUCACUCCGAAGCUGGAGAAGAUGCUGGAGCCGCAGAUUUGGAGGGAAGCAGCUACUCAGGUCUUCUUCGCUCUGGGUCUGGGGUUUGGAGGGGUCAUAGCCUUCUCCAGUUACAACAAAAUAGACAACAACUGCCACUUUGACGCCGUGCUCGUCUCCUUCAUCAAUUUCUUCACCUCAGUUUUGGCUACGCUGGUGGUGUUCGCCGUGCUGGGCUUCAAGGCCAACAUCAUGAAUGAAAAAUGUGUUGCAGAAAACGGAGAAAAGAUCCUGGGAUUCCUCAGCUCCAAUGUCCUGAGUCAUGAUCUCAUUCCUCCUCACGUGAACUUUUCCCAUCUCACCCCAUCAGACUACGCUGAGGUAUACAGCGUCAUCAAGACGGUAAAGGAGGACAGCUUUGCCCAGUUAGGUCUGGAGCCCUGUGUCUUGGAGGAUGAACUCAACAAGGCAGUUCAGGGCACUGGCCUGGCUUUCAUCGCCUUCACAGAGGCCAUGACCCAUUUCCCAGCAUCUCCGUUGUGGUCUGUAAUGUUUUUUUUCAUGCUAAUCAACCUUGGCCUGGGCAGUAUGAUAGGCACCAUGACUGGCAUCACCACACCCGUCCUUGACGCCUACAAAGUUCAGAAAGAGCUUUUUACAGUGUGCUGCUGCAUUGUGGCCUUCUUUUGUGGGCUGUUGUUUGUUCAGCGUUCAGGAAAUUAUUUCGUCACCAUGUUUGACGACUACUCUGCCGGUCUGCCUCUCACUGUUGUAGUGAUCCUGGAAAAUGUCUCUGUUGCUUGGAUAUAUGGUACUAAAAGGUUCAUGCAGGACCUGGAGGACAUGUUGGGUUUUCGACCAUCUAUAAUCUAUUUCUACCUGUGGAAGUACGUCUCCCCUCUUUGUCUCAUCAUCCUCAUCUCAGCCACUGUCAUAGAGAUGGCCAUCAGCCCACCAGGAUACAAUGCAUGGGUUCAAGAGCUGGCUCAGGAACGCUUCCAAAGCUACCCUCCCUGGGCUCUGGCCAUGUGCUUCGCUCUCAUCGUGGUGGCCAUGCUUCCUCUCCCGAUCGUCUUCAUUGCACGCCACUUCAACUUGAUGUCAGACGGCUCCAACAAGCUUUCCGUCUCCUACCGUAAAACCAUAAUGAAAGACAUCUCCAACCUUGAGGAGCAGGAUGAGGCCAGAUUCAUCCUCAGUGCCAAGCCCGGCGACCCCCCAUUGUCAGGUGUAGCCCGCAAACCCUACGUGACUCCUGCAGGGAACAAAUCCGUGGAUCCCAAUUCACUGUCUCCAAAUGUCUGCUAUGGUACGAGCUACCAAAAUGCUGCGAUAAGCCCCACGACACCAACAACGCCAACUACACCUCUCACGCCAGAGUCAAACUCUUGACUUUCCUCCCAUCAACACCCCUCCAACAUGCAGUCCUUCCACUCAGUUUAAUUUUCUGCUUUUGCCCAGAUAAUAUUACACAACCUUAUGAAGCCACCUAGUUCUUCUGUGGUAUAUACACUCUAAAACACUGUUUUGCUGCUCUUCCUGAUCAUAUUGGCUGUCAAAGCCAUACACAGGGUAAAACAAGCUAUCAGUAGUCCAGUGCAGUAAGUCUGAAAUGAACACACACAAAAAACAUCUAAAACAACAUUUAGUUUUGUGAAGGUGUUUCUGUGUUUUAUUUAUAUAAGGCUGAUCUAAAGACACACAAAUCUGUUUAAUUCAGACAAAGUUUACCACCUACAGGAGUUUAUGUAGCAAUAUUUGUUCAUAUAAAUAGACAGUGUAGUAAUAACAUCCUGUAGAGUUUCCUAUGUGGAGAUUUAAGGAAGAAUCUCAUUCUCCAUCACACACGUUACAUGUUCUGUAGAAGUUAAACCUUUUAGUUUCUCCACCAAAGAGUAAAAACCACAAAACACUUGAACUGAAGCAAAGAUUGUGAGACUCUGUGUGUUGAGUUGGGAUAAAAGUCAUGUUUAUUCAUUUUAUUUUAAACUCAUAAGAUAAGCCUGUAUUUUAUUUUUUAUAUGCGUGAUGGAAGGCACAAUCGGCUCAUGCUUAUUAUAAGGCAAUUUAAAGUCUGGAUUGUUUGAUCGAUGCUACAAAAUCACAGGAGUGAAUUUUUACAGUUUAAAAUGCACAAGUGAAUCACUGAUUCUAAUUAUUAUUAUAAACUCUGAUGCACAAAAUGUCUUGCAAUUAUUAGAAGCAGCUCCCUUUCCCAUUGCUGGCUUGCCUAGUAAAAAUGUGUGAAUUAAAUUAAGAUUUAAAUUAAUUCAAUCUUUUAUAGCAGCAGCUUGAUUUUACACAAUUGAAUCUGUGAAAACAAUCAUUUCAUUUAACAACACUUAUUUAGCAGGUGAAAAAAAAAAUCCCAUUAGAAAAUAAUUGUUUAAAGAAAACAAUAUGUGCCCUCAUUAUGGGCCCCCCUAGCAAUUCUCAUAAAAUAUAUUUAACUGGGGUAUUUACUAAUUCAUUAUUUACUUUUACAAGUUAAUGAAAAAGUCUAAAAAUUCUAAUUAUAAUCUAAAUAUGGCCUGACACAGAGGUGUCCUGAUUUUGGUUUGAGUUGGACUCAAAUGCAGACAUCAAAGUGGCAGCCUCAUGGUGAUGAUGAUUGAGUUAAUUAAAGAAAGGAAAACAGAGGAACUGGAACAAGAGAACCAGGGAAUAACUGACUAAAAACAUAUGAUGAAGAACAGGAGAAUCUGAUGAGGAAACUGGCAGGUUUUUAAGUACUGGGACGGUUGAUGAGUGGCGUAAAAGCCAGGUGUGACUAAUAAGGAGAAUGAGGUGCAGCUGGGAAAGAACCUGAGCAGGCAAGCCGAGGCAAGCACAGGAAGUUGAAUAAAAACAUAAAAGGAUCUACUAAGCAAAUGGGCUAACAUUAAAAUGAGAAUCUAAACCAAUACAAAAAGAGCAGAACACAAGAAAGAACUAAAAAACUAAUCAAAAAGGAAUUAACUCAAUACAGAACACCCUUAGUUACAAUAAUAAUCAGCCCAAAAUAACCUGUAUACAAAAACAACAAUACCCACAGAUCAUGACAGGUUACUUUCUUUUUCUCAUUCCCCAAAAUUUGAAAACAAAAUUGGUGAAUAUGCUAUUAAAGGAAGGCACAUAGUGUGGUUGUAAGUCACUCACCUUCUGUUCAAAUUUGCUGUCAAAGACAUACCACAGAGGGAGUAGGAUGAGUAGAGAGGUAAAAAUAAAAUAACACGCACUAUUCGAUAACUGCAGCAUCUGUAGGUCACCAAGUCUCCACAACAGCUAUUUAGUUUAAGGCUUUAAAACACAUGUUUGCCAGGCGUGCCAAUGUAUAUGGAGGGUGUUGUACGUCCUACAUAGCACAGAGACAGUAUUUGAAAGAAAAAUAAAAGCACAAGCUAAAAAUGCACAAAGUUUGUCCUCUGUGACAAAACAUAAUGACAAACAUGGACCAAAAGACAGAGGAGCCUGCAAUGUAAAAACCCAAACAACGGUAACCUUUCAGCUUUUAGUAUGCACUCCAGAAAGCCUUAGACAGUUCACCUGCACAACCAUUGUGACAACCAACAUGCAGUCUUCUGUAUAUCUGUAGGAUACUGAACCUAAUUAUCAAUGAAGACAGGUAGAGAUGUGAUCAAUGUACUGAUAUUAAAGGUUUUAAUUUUUUUCUACACACUGAUAUAAAUUAGUUGUUGUAAAAGAGCAUGUUUUAGUUCAUAUUACGCAUUUAUUUAUUUUUCUAUUACAGUAUUCAAAGUAUUGGUUUGAAAUUAUGAAUAGACUAUUUAUUUUAUUAUGCUGUAUAUUUGCUGUUAUAUAAAAGUGACGAUGAACAGAGAUGAGAGUAUAGAAUAUAUAUGUUCAUUUUGUUUGAGGCUUGUGUGUAUUUAAACAUAUGUCUGUGUUAUUUUUGGUGUUGCUUGUUAUUGGCACGGAAAAGGCUGAUGGACUAAAUAUUAAUUCAAUGGCAAUGAGCCUUUGGAAUUGCAGAAAGUUAGAAGGGGUGAGGAAACAAAAGGGUAGAUGUUCCUGCAGACUUUGUUUAAGCUUUUCUGAAUUUAUUUGUAAUUGUAUAAACUAAAUUAUUUCAGUUCUUGCUGGCAAACAGAUUCAAAAUUAAGUAAAGAUUGUUAAUUUAAAUAAAGCACAAACUAUAGAUACAAAUGUAUGACUUAGUAUGCAAAUUAGCUAAAUUAGACAUACCAGGGCACAACUUAGAACACGAGAGGGCAGCAAAGGGCAUUGGCUAGUGGUCUUCCUUCGAAGUAGCUUAUCAUUAGCUUUGAUGUUACUGUAUUGUCAUUUCCUCGUCUUUGAGUUGCUUUGGAUAAGAAGUCUCCCAAAUGCAUAAACAUAAAUGUCACAGCAAUGACAAUAAAAAUAUAAUUUAAUCUCACACUGCACAAUGUGAACACAUUGGACUCAUGGUAUCACUAACAGUCUGAUUAAUUCAAAUAAUAAUUAUCUGACCAAUUGGGCUAUCCCUAAAGCACAUACAUUUCAUUCCCAGACAGUCAAUUGAUCUAUUAUUGUGGCAAAAAACUAAGGCUACAUGAAGGAAACUAAACUACACUUUUCUCUGGCAGAACACUGUGAAAUCCACCUACAGUAUACGUGCACCAUUCAGAACGGGUGCCUUACAUUUUUCACAUUUUGACCAGCGACACUGGUGUUUUUCAAUAUGCCAGCACACACGGUUUGAUCGGAAACAGUAGGACAGCAGCUUAAGGUCUCUUAAUAAAUAUGUUUUGUUUACUUUUUAAAUCUACGUUUGCUUUUCUUAGUUUUUGGGAAUUCACAUUGUCUGCUCUAUUAUGACACCCAGUGACUUAUCAAAGUAUUGCAUUUGAAUUCUUUCCUCAGUAUCUAAUGUUUCUCUUUAGCCUGACCAAAUGUUUCUGAUUAAACUUAAAUCUUCCCAAAAUGUUUUAAAUAAACAGCAUUCUGCUCCUAUAAAAUAUUUUUGAGCGUAUCAACACCUUUAAACGUAACAGUUUGUGUAACAUUGUUUUCCAAAACUGAACGCUGUGUCAGACUGAUAUGACAGUAAUGGUUUUUUUUUUGUGCUGAAAUGUUCUGCCAUCUAUUGGUCGGUCAAAAAACAGCAACCAUCUCACAUUCCCAUCUUGUUAAAUAUGUUUUGUGAUUAAUGAUAAAUCUCAUAUGCCUGCUGGCAUGGCUGUAAACCCUAUGUCUUGUUUUGUGUGUUGUCUCACUUUUCCUGCUGCUGUUUGUGUGUCAUGUAACCAUCCAGGUCACCAAACUAUUUUGCAGAUAGUUUUUAUUAAUGUGGAGUAUAGCAAAUUCCUUAAAAAGUGACAAAAAGUAAAAAUGAAUGUGACUGAUGCACUUUGUCCAACAGAAAGCAAAUAAAGUUGGUGUUUAUUUUAUUAUUCUUAACUGUAGCAGUAAAUUUAAGGUCAGUGUAAAAGCAAUAUUGUUAUAUUUCAACAGCACAGCAGCUGUGGCUGAAAGGACAUCUUCACAGUAAGACAUUUCAAUGACUUGAAUGUGUGUGUGUUUAUAUUUAUAAAUGUUUGUGUAGUUAGUCUGGUGUGUGCAAGGCCUUACUAAGCACACAUUUCAGGUGUUAUCUAUACUGGAGGCGUACUUAGAAACAUCCCUUUACAGUCUCCCUAUGUUUCUCCUCAGUCAUAUGAAUGAAUGAUUCACAAGUAUUGUGUAACUUAUAAACAUAGUUAUAUAAAUGUAAAUAAAGAGUGAACAAAC